AUGUCAAUAAUAUUGACUGUUCGUCGUAUAGAUAUUGAAGAAACCUUGAAUACCACGCCAUCUGUUCUACCCCAAAUUAAAAUGACAGCCCAAUUGAACGAAGAUAGGAUAUGGAUCGAUGGUUGUUUUGAUUUCGUCCACCAUGGUCAUGCCUGUGCGAUGUUACAAGCUCGUCGAACUUCGAACAAUAAAGAGAACAGUAUGCUGUUUUGUGGCGUGCAUAAUGAUGCUGCUAUCGAAUAUAACAAAGGUACGUUACCAGUGAUGAAUGCCCCCGAAAGAUAUGCUCAUGCAAGAAGUAUAAGAUGGUGUAGCGCUGUCGUGGAAGAUGCGCCAUAUGUGACAGCUCCGGAGUGGAUGGACCGAUUUGGUUGUCAAUAUGUUAUACAUGGUGAUGAUGUUACCUUAGACGCCAAUGGAGAAGAUUGUUAUACGAUCAUGAGGAAAAUGAAUAGAUUUAAGAUGGUAAAGCGAACAUAUGGGGUCAGCACUACAGAUAUUAUUCAUAGAAUCUUAACUCACAAUACCCUGCCCUCCACGGAUAAAGAUUAUUUCCCAACACUUGAUGAAUUAGAAUUUUGCAGUAAAGGGGUUGACGGUUUUUCGAAUCAUUGCUAUGUCUUUCAAGAUGACCUUAAUAAUAUGCUUGUUCGUGGUGGAUAUGAUUGGGAUAGUACAAAUUCUGUGCUGAUACUUGGUGAUUUUGAUUUAUUCCAUAUGGGUCACAUUGAUCAAUUGAAGAAAAUAAGGAACGUUCUCGAACCUAGAAGGCAAAUAAUAAUUGGAGUCACCUCCAAUGAAUCAAAGGAAAUAAUAAUGACCAUUAAGGAGAGAGUUCUUAGUCUUUUGAGUUGUUCGUUUGUUGACGGUGUCAUCAUCCACCCUAGUAAGGACACAAUUGAGAAUAGUUCACAUGAUGAAAAAUCCAAAUUCUCGAAGGUUUACAACAUUGAUUCACCUGAGCUGGUUGAUGGAACUGUUUUUAGUGGUUACUUAACUAGUAGAACUAUUAUUGCUAGGAUUGAGACGCAGCGUGAUAUGUACGUAGAAAGAAACAAGAGGAAAGGUAUGCCGAUAUAA